AUGGUUGACGAGUGCGUCCUCACGUUCGUAAUCACGAUGGUCUGCAUAAUCUGGUCGAUCAUGCUGGCUCCUUUUAAGUGUUUGCUGGUCUCGGCACUGGCUGUGAGCGUCGUUAAUGGUCACGGCUACUUGACGAUUCCAAAGGUGAGAUUCACCGCGCAGGCAGGUGAUCCGACGCAGUACAUUGCUUCAAUUCAGGCUUCUGAUUCUGGUUUCAGCGGCACUUUUAACGGCGCUCCAAAGGACAACGUGGCUGCCUUCACCAAGGCUUUUAAAGCGAGCAAGUACACCUCUCUCAAGGAAUUCUUCACCGACAAGGCCAAGAUUGGCGUACCAGUGCUGCCUUUUGAUCGCGAAGCGUGCAUGGGUGCGACUACACUGACGUUCUACUGGAUGGCCAUGCAUUCGGAGAGUUGGCAGGUGUAUGUCAACUGUGCUCCGCUCGAGAAAACUACCUCUACUGGCGCUAAGUCGAAGUACGCGGUGGGCAGUUCUACCUCCACGGCACAGUCGAACAGUACAUCUAGUGCCACUAGCGACACCCCGUCCACCCCGGCUACCGAGGCACCGAGUGCCCCCUCUACGCCGUCAGAAACUACAGCCCCGGCACCACCUUCUCCUACUGACGCUCCGUCGACACCCUCUACGGACGCACCAUCGACGCCCUCAACGGACGCUCCAUCGACGCCCUCUACUGACGCUCCGUCGACGCCCUCAACGGACGCUCCAUCGACGCCUUCGACGCCUACUGCACCUACCACGGAUAAAUCUGACUGUGGAUCGUAUGAUGUCGCCGGUUCUGACUCGGAUUGCGGCUCCUACGACGUCGCCGGCGGUGACGACUCGGAAUGUGGCUCCUAUGACGUCGCUGGUGGCGCCGAAUCGGACUGUGGUUCGUUUGAUGUCGCUGGAAGUGGAGGUGGAGAUGCCACUAAGGGCGCAGGCUCGCAGACCAGCUUUGACUUCAGCGCGAUGCAGCAGGGCGAGGUUAACACUGGAACGGUGUCUCCUUACAAGUAG